UUUUCUAAAUUCCCGACUUCUCGCAACGAAGUUACGAGAAUAGAAAGAAGCCUCCUUUUUUGAUUCUUCAUUUUCACAAGCAUCUCACGCUCGCUUCUCAAAACCCUAGAGGCCAAUCUUAUUUCGACGGGAGGAACAGUGAUGGCGAGGAAGAUGCUUAUUGAUGGGGAGUUGAGAACCGAGGAUUCGGUCGGAGUGGAAGGGCAGUAUGAUUUUGAUCUUUUCGUCAUCGGCGCCGGCAGCGGUGGCGUCAGAGCCAGUAGAACAUCGGCGGGCUUUGGCGCUAAGGUUGCAAUUUGUGAACUUCCAUUUCACCCGAUCAGUUCAGAAGCUAAUGGUGGAGUAGGUGGAACGUGUGUUAUACGAGGUUGUGUUCCCAAAAAGAUUUUGGUAUAUGGUGCAUCAUUUCGCGGUGAACUAGAGGAUGCAAAAAGUUACGGGUGGGAGUAUGGGGAGAAACUUGAAUUCAAUUGGAAACAACUUUUGCACAAUAAGACUCAGGAAAUAACUAGAUUGAAUGGAGUGUACAAGAAGUUGUUGUCCGGUUCUGGUGUGACAAUGAUUGAAGGAGAGGGGAAAAUAACCGGUGCCCAUGAGGUAGAGGUAUCCUGCCCUGAUGGUUUAAAGCAGCUGUAUACAGCAAAACAUAUCUUGAUCGCUACAGGUAGUCGGGCUCAACGCGUAAAUAUUCCAGGACAGGAGUUAGCUAUUACCUCUGAUGAGGCUUUAAGUGUUGAAGACUUACCAAAGCAUGCUGUGAUUCUUGGUGGAGGCUAUAUCGCUGUUGAAUUUGCUUCAAUAUGGAGAGGGAUGGGUGCCACGGUUGAUUUAUUUUAUAGGAAGGAACUUCCAUUAAGGGGUUUUGAUGAUGAAAUGAGAGUUGUGGUUGCAAAAAAUCUUGAAGGCAGGGGAAUUAGAUUACAUCCCAAUACAAAUUUGUCAGAGUUGAGUAAGACUGAAAACGGUAUCAAAGUCAUUACGGAUCAUGGUGAUGAAAUAAUAGCAGAUGCUGUUUUGUUUGCUACAGGUAGAAGUCCGAACACAAAAAGGUUGAACUUAGAAGCUGUUGGCGUUGAGGUUGAUAGGAUUGGAGCUGUCAAGGUAGAUGAAUAUUCUCAGACUACCGUCCCCAGCAUAUGGGCUAUUGGUGAUGUUACAAACAGAAUGAAUCUCACCCCUGUGGCAUUAAUGGAGGGCACUUACUUCUCGAAAACUGUUUUUGGUGGGCAGCCAACUAAACCAGACUACAAUUAUAUCCCUUGUGCUGUGUUCUGCAUUCCUCCCCUAUCUGUGGUGGGCUUAAGUGAGCAGGAAGCUGUUAAACAAUGCAAGGGGGAUGUUCUGGUUUUCACAUCAACAUUUAAUCCUAUGAAGAAUACAAUCUCCGGAAGGCAAGAAAAAUCUAUUAUGAAGCUUCUUGUUGAUGCUGAAACUGAUAAAGUAAUUGGCGCAUCCAUGUGUGGUCCAGAUGCACCCGAAAUUAUGCAGGGUAUUGCCAUUGCCCUAAAGUGUGGAGCUACCAAAGCACAAUUUGACAGCACUGUGGGAAUUCACCCUUCAGCUGCUGAGGAAUUUGUGACCAUGCGAACUUUGACUAGGAGGGUUACUGCAGGUGGUAAACCAAGAACAAACUUGUAAAGAAAAUACGAUAACUACGAGUUUGUUGUUGUCGAUCUUUUUCGUACAAGAGGUCUUGUCUUAUAAUGAAAUUAUAGCCAUUUGUCGUCAUGGCGGCACCGAUAGCAUUGUCUGUGAAACGAACUAUUAUUUGUGGACAUGGUCUUUAUGUAGUGUUUAAAAACCUUUGGCUAUGUUAAUAAGGGGUAUUUCUUUGCA